AUGCGUUCUUCACCCCGUGCUCGUGCGUCCCCGUCUGUUUCGGGCUCUUCGCAUAGCUCUCUGAACGACUUGUUCGUUCCCCCCUCGCCUGUGCCCGACCGGUCCCGGAAGAGCGCGCGCCUGGCGUCCCAGGACGCUGGAUCCGUCCGCACCUUCCUCGCGGCCCGUGGCGUCGUGCCAGUGAGACCCCAGUCCAUGGAGCCCUCUCCUGCCUCACUGCUGGUGCUGGAGGAUUGA